AUGUUAAUGAUUGAAGAGUUGGAGACAAUGUUGAGAAACAGCAAUUAUAAAAACAUGCAUCGAAGGCACACAACCCUUCGGGAGAAGGGCCGGAGGCAGGCCAUCCGGGGCCCAGCCUACAUGUUCAAUGAGAAAGGCACCAGUCUGACUGCAGAAGAGGAACGCUUUCUUGAUUCUGCAGAAUAUGGCAACAUUCCUGUUGUGCGAAAAAUGCUGGAGGAGUCCAAAACCUUGAACUUUAAUUGUGUUGAUUAUAUGGGACAAAAUGCCCUACAGUUAGCUGUAGGGAAUGAGCAUUUGGAAGUGACGGAGCUCCUUCUCAAAAAGGAGAAUCUAGCUCGAGUUGGGGAUGCGCUUUUGUUAGCCAUCAGUAAAGGAUACGUGCGCAUAGUGGAAGCAAUAUUGAACCAUCCUGCCUUUGCGCAAGGGCAGCGUCUCACACUCAGUCCCCUUGAGCAGGAACUGAGAGAUGACGAUUUUUAUGCCUACGAUGAAGAUGGAACUAGGUUUUCCCAUGACAUUACCCCUAUCAUACUUGCUGCCCACUGCCAGGAGUAUGAAAUUGUUCACAUCUUACUUCUAAAAGGUGCACGGAUUGAAAGGCCACAUGACUAUUUUUGCAAGUGCAAUGAAUGUAUUGAGAAGCAGAGGAAAGACUCAUUUAGUCACUCUCGAUCAAGAAUGAAUGCCUACAAAGGAUUAGCCAGUGCUGCUUACUUGUCUCUUUCCAGCGAAGACCCUGUCCUUACAGCUUUAGAAUUAAGCAAUGAACUGGCCAGACUAGCCAACAUUGAAACUGAAUUUAAGAAUGACUAUAGGAAGCUAUCUAUGCAAUGCAAGGAUUUUGUAGUGGGGGUACUGGACCUGUGCAGAGACACGGAAGAAGUAGAGGCAAUUCUGAAUGGAGAUGUGAACAUUCAUCUGUGCCCUGAGCACCACCGGCCAAGUCUGAGCAGAAUUAAACUGGCGAUUAAGUACGAGGUCAAAAAGUUUGUUGCUCACCCCAACUGCCAGCAGCAGCUGCUCACUAUGUGGUACGAAAACCUCUCAGGCUUACGGCAGCAAUCCAUAGCCGUGAAGUUCCUGGCUGUCUUCGGGGUCUCCAUAGGCCUGCCCUUCCUUGCCAUAGCCUACUGGAUUGCUCCCUGCAGCAAGUUGGGACGGACCCUCCGAAGCCCUUUCAUGAAGUUUGUGGCACACGCAGUUUCUUUCACAAUCUUCCUUGGACUGUUAGUAGUGAACGCUUCGGAUCGGUUUGAAGGAGUGAAAAAUCUUCCCAACGAAACCAUCACAGAUCAUCCCAAACAAAUAUUUAGAGUCAAAACCACUCAGUUCUCAUGGACAGAAUUGCUGAUCAUGAAGUGGGUAUUGGGCAUGAUAUGGUCAGAGUGUAAGGAGAUCUGGGAAGAGGGCCCACGAGAGUACGUGGUACAUCUCUGGAACCUUCUGGACUUUGGGAUGCUGUCCAUCUUUGUGGCAUCGUUCACUGCCAGGUUCAUGGCUUUUCUCAAAGCGACCGAAGCACAACAGUACGUAGAUCAGUACGUUCAAGAUGAUGACCUCAAUAAUGUCACCCUUCCCCCUGAAGUUGCUUAUUUUACUUACGCCAGGAACAAGUGGCUUCCCUCGGAUCCUCAGAUCAUUUCAGAAGGACUGUAUGCAAUAGCUGUGGUACUCAGCUUCUCCCGCAUUGCUUACAUUCUUCCAGCCAACGAAAGCUUCGGGCCCCUGCAGAUCUCUUUGGGAAGGACUGUGAAGGAUAUCUUCAAGUUCAUGGUCAUCUUCAUCAUGGUGUUCCUGGCCUUCAUGAUUGGAAUGUUCAACCUUUACUCUUACUACCUUGGUGCAAAAUACAACCCUGCAUUUACAACGGUAGAAGAAAGUUUUAAAACCUUAUUCUGGUCAAUAUUUGGCUUAUCUGAAGUGAUAUCCGUGGUGCUGAAGUACGAUCAUAAAUUCAUUGAGAAUAUUGGAUAUGUACUCUAUGGAGUAUAUAACGUGACCAUGGUGGUGGUGCUGCUUAAUAUGCUAAUAGCCAUGAUAAACAACUCCUAUCAGGAAAUUGAGGAGGAUGCAGAUGUGGAGUGGAAGUUUGCACGUGCCAAGCUCUGGCUGUCCUACUUUGACGAAGGAAGGACUUUACCCGCUCCCUUUAAUCUAGUGCCAAGCCCUAAAUCAUUUUAUUAUCUCAUACUGAGAAUAAAAAUGUGCCUCAUAAAACUCUGCAAAUCUAAGGCCAAAAACUGUGAAAAUGACCUCGAGAUGGGGAUGCUGAACUCCAAACAACGGAAAGUUCGUUUUCAGUCUAGCAGUCUACACACAGAGAAUUUUUCAAUGAAGAAUGCUUACAACAAGCCCACGAGAUACCAGAAAAUAAUGAAACGCCUGAUUAAGCGGUACGUGCUGAAGGCUCAGGUGGACCGAGAAAAUGAUGAAGUCAAUGAAGGAGAACUUAAAGAGAUUAAGCAAGAUAUUUCUAGUCUCCGAUAUGAACUCCUGGAGGAAAAGUCUCAAGCCACUGGUGAGCUGGCAAGACUUAUACAGCAGCUGAGUGACAAAUUCGGGAAGAACUUAAAUAAGGACAUUUGAUGGUGAGCACAGAGGAAAGCAACUGGUUUUCUAAACGUUAUUCAGUCUCAACCAGCAUCUUAAGAGGACAAAAACAGUGCAAAAAAUGGGGACCACACACACAUCUUCUACGAAUUGGCUGGUGUCAGUAAGGAGCAGUUUGCAUUACUCCUGUGUUUGGUGAAUUUCCAGUUAAAUCUUUUAUGACACAAAAUAACUUACUGAUGAAAACAUAUGCCGUUCGACAUCAGAAAUAUAUAUGAACCAUAGAGAAGGCACCUUAGUUAAAGGUAAAAAAAAGCCAGACCUUCAUGCUCCUGUCUCCAGUGAGCUCAUUUACAUUAACUCUGUACUGAUCAGAAGUCGGUGAAGUCUGAAGAAAAAAUGUGCCAAGCCUACUCCUUGAGAAUUUAAAAAAAUCCUGUCCUUGGGUGUGUACUCUCUUUUCAUGUUUACAUGGGCAUCCAUGGAGGUAACUUUGAACAGCACUGUGGUUAAUGAAAAGCCUAUGAGAAAUCAUCUGCUGAAAUGACCAAGGCCAAGCAUGUCAGCUGGAGGUCAGCUGCUUUCUAGGCUGGAAGACAGAGUUGGAACCAUGAACCAGACUUGCUGGGUAAAGCAUCCUUCAUCCCUUUGCUGGAACCUGAUAAAGGGAUUCCAAGCCAAAAACUCCUCUCUGCCUCUUCCAGCUGUAUUAGCCAACCCACUAAAGGACAUGGUCCUUUCGUACACACCGAGCCUCUCUUUUGUCCUUAGAUGAUCCCAGCUUCAACAACAGUGUACUGAAAUAUUCAGUGAAAAUCCACAGCAGAAAUAACAUAUUUUGUGCUUAUGUGUUCAGGACAAGGAAGAGCACUAAUCCGAUGACAGCAACGCAACUCAGCUGCUCUGCUUUUGGAUUCAAACAGCAAGCCAUAGCGUGAGGUAAAUCAUGAAAAACAGACCCCAGUAGUUUCAGAUCUUCGAAUCUGUAGGAAAAGGCUUCAUUUCCACCGAGGACAUGGUGACAAGUGAAAAAGUAGAAAUAAAAAGAAGAAUGAAUUACUGAAGAAAUGAUUGUCUUGAGUUAUGUGUUUGGCUCUUCUGGAGGACCAGGAAGGAAUUAAAACCACUUCCAAGGCCGUAAUACAAACACUCAGACUGCACUUUUACAAAGGGUGAGCAAUGACUCGAUGCAAAGCAACCGGAGACUUGGAUUGCUUGGGUUUUUACACUUAGCUACAUGAUUUCAGUAUUUAAAGCACACCUUACUACUUGGGAACCGCUGAACUGGACUGUUUGUUUACAAGGUGCACCUCUAAGAUGACCGUUGCAUUUAGGUAUCAGCUGAGAAAAACAAGCAGAAGCAGAAGGUGACCCCGUGAUCAGUUCUUAAGUGCCAGAUGAGAACACAGAUAGCCUAAUAGAAUCAUAGCUAUAUUUGUACAAAAACGUUAAAAAAGACAAAAUAAAAAAAAGUGUACUGUACGUAGACCUGUUUAGAGAAAAAGCAGAAUACUGUAUUUUUACCUUUAAUAAGAUUAUCUUGUAUACUGUCAUAUUUUUACCUAAACCAGGAAAAAAAAAUAAAAUUACCUCAUAAUAUUUUGUGGUACACUCGGUGAAAUACUUGCCUGAUCUUUUGGAUGUCCCAAACAUUUUGUUGCUUUUCUGCAGCGUUAGUGAAACCAUUCAAAGAAGCAAUUUUGUCAUAAAACUGCUGGAGCUUGGCAGAGAGAAAAGGCAAAACUGAAAUUAAAAUAUAUCUCAAGGGAAUGAACUUUGGGAAUCGGAAGUUCCAACAACCUGUAAAUGUGACUCCUUAUCAGUGGUGCUUCAUUUGAAAUCAUUAUUAUCAGUAUUAACACAUCUCUAAGACUAUAGGGGAAAUCUGCUACUUUUCUAUGAUCAUUCAUUCUUGCAAUGCAAUGUUAUGAUGAACUGCCUAGAUGACAACAUCCAUCACCAGAUGCUGGCACGAGAUGGUCACUACAUGUAAUAACUUUGCAGGGAUGGUAACUCACUGGUCAUCUCUUUGGCCUGUUUUCCUCUGCUUAAAGCAGAGAAUGGUGCUGAUUUAAACUAUUCUGCUUUCCCGCUAAGAAGAUGGAAUAUCUUUCAUGGCAAUGCUGUUACAUUUGCCUACCAGCCACUGUGCAAAAUUCAUUUCAAUUUUGGUAAAAUAGCUCUGUUGCCACAGCCCUGUCUUAAAGGAUUGUUUCAUUACAAUACAACUCUACAGCUGGCUCUUGAUCCAGGCAUUGCUUUACCCUUCCCAUUCAGUGUUCUAACAUCUCCUAGGAAUGCAAGAAGAAUUAUUUAAUGCUGAAGAAAUAAUAUUAACCAUAAUUUCCACUUCUCGUCAUACUACAUAUAGAGUCAGGUGAGAAAGGUAAGUGGAAAUGCAAUGAUACACUUACAUUUUUCAAAUUUAGAUGCAAGACACCAUAAGAUUUGCCCCAGCAUCCUGUGAUGUAGAUGGAAGCGUUCUCCUGGUGCUGAGCAUCACAGUCUGUGCAUGCUCUGGUCAGCAUCAAUAGCAGCACAGUGUGAGGAGCAUUGUAGAGUGACGUGGGGCACAGCCAUGUCCCAUCAGCUGCUGCCCUGAGACUGGUGGGGAAAGCAAAGUAGCACAGCCCUGCUCUGCAUGCAGGAAUUUGCUAUGAAAGAGCAUAACAUUUUCCGGAACUUCAAAAGGAAAGAUGUACAGAGAAAAAUAUCAUUUAAAAAAAUGUGCUUCUUCCCCUUUAGCAUUUCCCUUCCAUGAACUAUCAAGGCACUGAGUUUUUUCUAUAAAUAUUCAUGGCAAGCGAAAUCCCAUUUCUCCAAAGCACUUUUCUCAUCUGGUCCCAGGAAUACCAGCAAGGAAGCUGCAUGCAUCUAUUUGUCUGCUACGAGCAGAAACAAAGUUAAAUUCAUUGUAUGGUUCAUUCUCCAAACUGUUUACAAGAAAUUACGGUUAAGAACCUUACUAAAGGAUCCCCAAGAGAAGUCAGGGAUUUUGGAGAGGAACUAUCAGAGCAGCUGGCUCCCAGAAAGGAACAGACCUGGGGCACGCAGGCCCCGUGCCAUCCCCAUCACCAGUGGCAGGCUGGCUUGACAUAUGGGAGUUCUAUUUCUUGAACGAAUUAAUAGUGCAAAGGGAUAUUGCUUUGGCCAAACUGUGUAUACAGUUAUGAUAUCUUAUGGGAAAUAUGUUAGAAAGGGGUCACCACUGUGAGUAUUCUCCAGAUCUGUCUAAUUCUGCAAACCCAGCAGAUCAAACAAACUGGAAGUUGGACAAACUGACAGAGAUGGGAACAAAGCCAUCAGCUAGCCAGCACUGAUUUACUGACUGCCCUAAUGUUUGGAUGAUGAUUUCCUUCCUUGCAUCAGUGAAUGCUAAUGGAAAGGAGACAGCAGCAGAAAGCAUUAGCAUGCCUUUAAGCAGGUGAACUGCAGAGCUUCAAGCCACCAACCCCUGUAGACCAGAGAUGCAAAUGCUGAACCAAAGGAACUGCCCGAGGGCUCCUGGCACUUCCAGCAAGCCAAAGAAGGUGGCCUAACUAAAUAAUGGAGACACUGAGGACCACUCAGCCAGGACACAGCAGGGAACAACCCAUCACCAUGUCACAGGCAGGCUUCAUGUCAAUACUGGGAUGUCUUCACUACAGCUUCAUUUAAAUCAAUGCAAACAGAAAGGGAGAUAAUUAAUAGCCAAAGCGGCCAAAUGGCUGAACUGGACGGAGAGCUUGCAGUGCCUUUAGCAGUAAGUAAAAGUGUGCUCACUUAAGGUCACUUGAGAGAGAUUUAAUACAAAUGUGCAGUGUGAUAAAGAGGAUUUAGAAGGGCUUAAAAGGUUAUUGAAUAGCUAACAAGCUUGUUAAUAUUUAAGCAAUAUUUACUAUAAUGCAGACUAAUAUGUAAUUCUCCUACUAAAGAUUAAUCAUAUUGAUGCAAGGAUUUAAUUAGGGCUUACCCAGCAGGAGGGACGAGGGAUCUGGUGCUGAGAUGAAUUUCCCUGCUGCAGCCGCUGGUCCUCAUUCUGGGCAAUUGGUCCACACGUACUGAGGAAGCAGGAGGCUGAAGGCUGAGAUCUUCCUGAGGACGAAUGUCACUCUCUAGAACAUCAAAGAGGAUGGCACAGAGACUUCAUAGCAUGU